UCUGCUCAAACACCCAAAUUCAUCUUGACCGGCACACAGCUCACUCACACAGCACCAGCAUGGCUUGGAGCUGUAACACGAAGGUUCACCUGGGAGGAAUAUUUCUCUCAUUCUUUGGAUGGGUCUCAUCCUGCGUUGCGACUUUUGUGCCACUCUGGAAGAAUCUCAACCUGGACUUGAAUGAAAUGGAGAUCUGGACCAUGGGGCUUUGGCAAGUCUGCGUAAUGCAAGAGGAAGGUAUUAUGGAGUGUAAAAGCUAUGAGUCUUUCUUGGCUCUGCCAUUGGACCUCAGGGUGUCCAGGAUUUUGAUGUUCCUCUCUAAUGGAUCAGGACUUCUUGGAUUCUUGAUCUCCAGUUGUGGGCUAGACUGUUGCAAGGCCUGGGAAGAAAAAACGGCUCUAAAGAAACAACUAACGCUUUGCGGAGGAGUGAUUUUUGGCAUCUCAGGAAUUAUGACCCUCAUUCCAGUUUCCUGGCUCGCCUAUAACACCGUAAAUGAAUUCUGGGAUGAAACUGUCCCAGAAAUUGUACCUAGAUGGGAAUUUGGGGAAGCAAUGUUCUUGGGCUGGUUUGCUGGAUUUUUCCUUGUAAUAGGCGGGCUGCUCAUCAUCUGCUCAGCCUGUUUGAAAGGGACGGAAAUGCCAACAAUGCCUUUAGCAGCUUGCCGUGAACCAACACAGGUGCAAGAUCCAUUAGCAAUGCGACACUGGAGCCAACAUUCACACCCCAAAAACGCUGACCUGGUAAUCUAA